AUGGCUUGCGCGCUGGGCAGCGACCUCAAGAAUGUCGUUCAAGGCUCAGGGCCUUUCGCUGAGGACCAGCCGCCGUUCCCGCAGCUUCAGCCAGGCUACAUGUCGCUCUCCUCCGACCCCACACGCGUCUUCCGGUGCCUGCCGGAGGGCAACUGUCCGGGUGGUGGUACGGCUUCCUGCGCGGAGCUGAUGGACUCCGAGGAGCCCGCGUGCGGCGAGUGCGUGGAUGGCUCGUACUCCUCCGGCGGCAGUUGCCACAAGUGCAAGACCAUGGAUGGCCUACCGUUUAUCCUUUUCGGCGUCUUCGCGGUGGUCGGCCUCGCCCUCCUCACCGUGGCGGUUAACCGCAACUUGCUGCUGCAGUCCAACGUCACGGUCACAAGCAUUGUGAUGCUCGGACUGCUGCUCAGCGGGAUCCAGACGAUUGGCAUUUUCGACCAGUUGUCCAUCGAGUGGACAGGCCCAAUGCGAACCGUUUUUAGCAUUGUCGACCUGAUGAGCUUCGAUUUGCAGAUCCUUCAGGUUGGCUGCAUCAUGGGUUCCAACCCGGUGAAUGCUUUUCUCAUGCGGCAGUUCGUCGCUCCGAGUUGCAUUCCCAUUAUUUUCCUCGUGCUUCUCAUCAAGAAGAAGGCGUGGUUCCCGAGUACGAACAUCAAUAUCGAGCUGAUCAACACAGUAGGCACGGUGUUCAACAUUUUCUUCAUAUCGAUUGUCAUUUCCGGGAUGUCCCCCUUCAUCUGCUACAAGCAUCCCAGACCCUCUGAUGAAUGGUCUAUGGUGAGCGCUAGCUCCGUUCUGUGCUUCGAAGGGGGCCGCCACGGCACGAUGAUCGCAGUCGGGCUCCUGUCGCUGCUGCUGGUUCCGCUGCCGUUCCUGGCCUGCGCGUGCUAUUUUGUCUGGCACUACCCCAGGUUUCUACAGGACUCGAAGACGGCGCACUCGCGGCAUGCGCUGCAGGCCAUGCGCUUCUUGUACUUCCGCUACUGCCCACGCAGGUAUUUCUACGGUGUCAUUCUGCUCUCGAGAAGCCUCGCGAUCUGCCUCGUGCCAGUAAUGAUCCGUGACGACGUGGCGCUCCAGAUCUGCGCCAUGGCUGCUGUGGUUUGCUUCUCAACGCUGCUGCAGCAGCAGCUCAACCCAUGGCGCAAGUACGUGGCUAAUUGGAUGGAUGGGGUACUCAAUGUCCUGCUGGUGAUGCUGUUACUUUCUGGGGCCAUGGUGGCAGACCUUCAGGUGAAGCCGGCAACGGUCGAGUACGUGGGGCUCCUGUCAGUCAUUCUCGUAUUCGUCGUCGCAGGUGCAACGAUCCUUUGGGGUCUGUAUAAUCGCUACAGGCCCCGGAACUUGUACCAGUACUUCAUAUGCCACCACAAGGCGGAUGCUGCCGCGCAAGCGCGGCUGCUCAAAAUGAAGUUGCAGGCGAGAACGCACCAGCGCGUCUUCAUCGAUUCGGACAAUCUGACGGAGCUGGACGACCUCUUCGACAUUGUGAAGUGCAGGGUGAAGCACUUGGUGGUGUAUCUCACCCAGGACACGCUGGGCCGGCCCUGGUGCGCCGGGGAAAUCGCAACGGCCUUCCAGACAAGCAGAGUGAAGGUCACAGCUGUGAGAACACCAUCUUUCCGGCCGCCGACGGAGGACCAUCUGAAUCGCAUCGACGAGUACCUUGACCUCAAAUCCUGUGCCCUUGCGGAAUAUGGCAUAUCGUUCGACAACGUGCGAGCUGCCUACAUAAGGUUGCUGGGCGAGACGACCCCACAGCUGAGGCUGCAGGAGGGCGGAGUGUACAACCUCGAUGCGCUUGUGGACUACAUUGCCAAGAACUCUAAAGAUAGCUACGACAUCAAUGUGGACAUCAAUAUGGAUCUCCCACCGUUGUUGAUGGAGAACCUGGAGGGCGCAGUUGUCCUCUCGUGCGACCAUAUGGACAUGGAGGCUGCGGCGGCCGCCACCAUCUUGAACACAAGGAUCCAAGAGCGGGUCUUGUCCUUGACGGACACUGGAACCCUCAUGCUCCAGCACUACCAGCAAGCGGAGCCUGCGACCUACAGCCGUGCGGCCAAGCAGUGCCACGCCACUAUUGUGUUGCUGUCUGAAGGCUCGAUGAAGUCUGCGGCGCAGCUUCGACUUAUCACCGACCUGAUGUCUGCGGCGGCACAUCCUACACAAGGUGCUGCUGUUCUUGAUGGUGACGAUGACGACUCUGGCGUCGACUUGCCCAGCUCGCCCGGAAUGGCGAUGGUAGCGAUGGCCUCUGGCAGACCCGGCAAGCACACGCCGACCGGCAAGCACACGCCGACGACGCCGGGGCGGGCUCACUCGUGCCCGGUGAUCGUCCCAGUCUUCAUCGACGGCUUCAGGUUCCCCGACGGCAACUACUACAACGAGGAGCUCCCUGCGAUCCUCCAGGAGCUGGCCGAGGAGGCGCGGCCGUUGAUUCAGGCAUUCUUCAAGACCAUUGCGCUACCAUUUUCUAUCAGUGCUUCCGACCACGUGCUGGAGAUCCAGGCACGGGAGGUGCUCGACCGGAUACCCAAGGCCCAUGGGAAGCGCCGCCCUACCUCUUGCACCUCGCGCAGUCCGCCCACUUCGCCCCGCUGCCAGCCGCUGGUCGUUCCGGGGGAGGACGCGAAGCCGAGCCAGCACAGGCUGCCCCGGCUGUCCGCGUCGAGCCGCGGGACGUGGCUCGCGGCGCGGGCUCACGGUGCUGCGCUUGCGAACACGAACGAGGAGGAUGCGAUUGGCGUUUGA